CGGCUCGCGCACAAUAUCGCUCUCGACGACGCGCGACGCACUGCAACGGUACUUGAGAGACUCGUCCAGAUACGCCAUCGACGCGGCGCGCACGUAGUUGCAUCGCUGCGCCUCAGCAUCGCUCAGCAUGGCCGCCCUAGCAGCAGCAGCACCAAAGCCCAUCAAAGCCCUCUUCGCCGAGGCCGAGGCGCUCCUGCGCAAACUGGAGGACGGCGGCGACGCCGACGACGCGUCAACGUGUGUGAGUCUGUUGGAUGACGCAUGGGCCGCGGCGGCGGCGCUCGACCUCUUCCCCGCGGGGUGUACUGGAGACGACGUCGCGACCGCGGAUUUGCGGUACGCGCUCAUCCCGGACCUGCGCGCGCGCGCGCGGUCGCGCGUCCGAUGCACGGACGGGCCCGCCGGGCGCCUGGCGCUCGUGGAGCGCUGCCGGAAGGACCGGGCGCGCUUCCUGGAGCUCGCGGCGGCGUUGGAUCCCGAGGUCGCGGAACGUGACGACGACGACACGGACGACGGCGCGGCGCGUGCCCCGUCGGCGCUGGACGUGCGCCGGAAAGCCAUCGAACGCCACGAGGCCAAGAAACGCUGUGCAGAGGCGCUCGCAGAAGCGCAGAGAGCGUUAAAGGACGCGCAGACGCCCGAGGAGCGCGACGAACUGGAGAGGGAUGUUAUUAUAGCGGAGCUACGAAGUCAUGCCGCGACCUGCGAAGAGGCCAUUACUAGUGAUGAUCGCGAGCUCGACAUGCUCAGAAGGAUGGCGUCGAACGCGCCGCCGCAGCGCGUGCGGCCGCCGCAGAACGCGGAUGCGGCCUGGUUGCUGGGCGCGCGGCCCGGCGGCCAGAACGGCGGGCUGAGGGUGCUGCGCAUGGACCGCGACGACGCGGGUACCGUGCGCGCGCGGCGCGAGACGGUCCGCUCGGGCGUCUUCCGGCCGUCGCAUCGCUUACCGACGAUGACCAUCGAGGAGUUCGCGGAUUUGGAGAUCGCCGACGCGCAAGAGAGGAGUGAACGGGAGAAGGCGGCGGCGGCGCAUAAACCGACGAUAGAAGAAGAUAUGAGGAGGCGCGACCAGCUCGAGGAGGAGUCCGACGAGGAGGACACGGAGCGCUACGACCACGCGCGCGCGCGGAGCGAGGCCUGGGCGAACUGGCUCGAGGAGCACCCGCGCGGCGCCGGGAACAAGGGGGGGAGCCAGCUCUAG